CUCUUUUCUUCUUUUCCAAACCAAAACCCAAACAAAUCCUAUUCUCCCCCAUUGAAUCAAUUCAAUUUUGUUGAUUCCCAUGGAUUCCUAUCCUCCUCUCAUUUUUUAGCAGGUGAAUUAGUCAAUUGAGAUACUCUGUUCGAGCAAAACACAAGGAAGUCUGCCUUCAUAAGGACAAUCCUUUGGAAGAGACUAUCCCUGAAUGCUACAAUUGUGGAUGCCGAAAUGUAUUCCUUCUUGGAUUUAUAUCAGCUAAGACGGAAAGUGUUAUUGGUCUUCUCUGUAGGGAACAUUGCUUGAAUGUAAAUGCAUUGAAGGACAUGAAUUGGGAUCUGAGUCAGUGGUGCCCCUUGAUUGAUGGUAGGUGUUUCUUGCAAGGGCUUAUUAAGAUCCCAUCUGAGCAGGAGCAGUUGAGGGCACAUCAGAUUAGUGCUCGACAAAUUAACAAGGUAGAAGAACUUUGGAAGACAAAUCCUGAUGCUACCGUUGAAGAUCUUGAGAAGCCUGGUGUGGAUGAUGAACCUCAACCUGUGGCCUUGAAGUAUGAAGAUCCAUAUCAGUAUCAAAAUGUAUUUGCACCACUUAUCAAGCUUGAAGCUGACUAUAUGCAUCAUGAUUUAUGGCGAUUAUUUCUGAUUUGAUAAGUUUUUUCGGAGUUUUUAUUCAUAUGAGCUCUUUGUUAUAAUAUACUGUGCAAAAAUCUGAUUGUCUAAAUUUUGAUAUAGAUGAUGAAAGAAUCCCAAAGCAAGGACAAUGUCACUAUUUGAUGGGAUAUUAGUCUUAACAAGAAACGUAUUGCAAUUUUUGUAUUUCCAAAGGUGUGAUGAGCAACUAAAAGGGCUGGUCUACUGUAGGAAGGGUAGUGGUAAGAAGUAGAGGAAUAUUUGCUGAAAUUUGUUAUGUAGGAGGUUAGGAUUUGUUAGGGGAGGACAGAUGGCCUGAUAUGAUUGGAUGUAGGAGGAAUUCAGUUAGGAGCAAAAAGGUGUCAGGAGAGAAUAAAAAGAGAGAGGGGAGAGAAAGAGGGAUAUUCAGAAUAGAAAAGUUAAGGUUGGAAGGGAGGUGGCUGACCCUCGAAGUCAAUCUUUCGUUUAUCAUUUUCUUAGUGUACUUUUUAUUCAUUUUAGUGUUAUUUGUAUAUUGAGUUGUUGAUAGGACAUGGCUUCUGGGUGUAUCUUCACUGGAUGUAAUGUUCUGUUUGGAUAUUAAUACAACAGGGUAUUUCUUUACUGAUUGUGAUUAUUGGUUGUGAAUUGUUGGAUAGAUUGUUGGUAUUACUAGUUGAUUUGUAGGUC